GCCCAGAAAAACGAGCUCCACGAACCCGCGUCCCCGCGAACGUGUCCGUAGACAGUAGCCUGAGCGUGCUUCGUGCGUUGUUUGUAUAAACUCGAAGCUGCUUCGCUGGUCAGUUCGUGUCUUCGCCUAUCGUGAUGUCGGCACUGAGAAGUUCUGACGCGGGCUUCCAGCAGCAGCAAGACGACCAGGCGGCCAAAGCCGGCGAAGACUUCGUCCGGCUCUUCUACGAGACGCUCGAGAAGCGGCGGCACCUGCUCGGCAACCUCUUCCUCGACACGGCCAACCUGGUGUGGAACGGCAACCCCCACAGCACCAAGGAGGCCAUCAGCAAGUUCUACGAGUCGCUGCCCUCGUGCGAGACCGAUCUGAUCUGCGCCGACGCGCAGCCCUUUCGCGCCGAAUUCGUGCAGGGCCAGACAACCAUCCACGUCGUGGCCGCGGGACAGAUCAAGUUUUCGGGCAAGCGCUGGGUGCCCUACACGGAGUCCUUCGUGCUCACGGCUCAGGGCAACGUGUGGAAGAUCGUGGUGGACACGUUUCGUUUUCAAGAACCCGCGCCGGUGUGACGGUUGUGUGUCGGGAGCUGCGUUGGCCUUACAGCUGCAUUCGCCAUGUAUAUUGUCUCUUCUGGUUUAUUUACCUAUUAUGUAUUAUACAAGCACGCGUUUUUCUUUAAAUUAAAAGCGGCUCUUAGCCGUGAAGCUGG